AUGCCUUCGCCUGAUGUUGUCAUCACGGACUUCGAAAAAGGCACCAUGAACGCCGUGAAGCAGGUCUUCGGUGAAGAACAGCUGGGACUAAGUACAAGGUACAAAGAAGAAGAGGAGUUUCGCCACUUUAUUGGCAUGCUAGAUGGCCUCGCAUUCCUUCCCCUUCGUGACGUAGAAGCGGGGAUGUUGUUUCUGAAAGCUGUCGCUCCAGGAGAAGCGGAAGCUGUGGUCGCCUACUUCGACGAAACAUACGUGAAUGGAACGUACCGUCACGUUGGAAGACUCGACGAGAACCCACGGAUUCGUCGCACACCAGCAAGGUUCCCCCCUGAAGUAUGGAAUGUCCACGACGUCACCCUGGACGGGGGAGAUCGAACAAACAACCAUUGCGAAGCAUGGAACAGAAGAUUCGGCAGCUUGAUCGGCCACUCCCACCCCACCGUAUGUCGUGCAAUAGAUGCACUCCGCCUGGAGCAUUCAGCGGUAGAAGGGAAGUUAGCACAGUCACUCGCGGGAGUUCCGCUCGUGAAGAGGCACAAGGCUUCCACCUUACAGCUGCAGGAGAGGCUCCGUCGCCUCUGUCAAGAUUAUGCAGACGAAAGGAGGACACUCGAGAGCUUUCUACGGGGCAUCGGGCACGCAGUUCGCUUGCGAACGUGA